AUGCGGACCCUCCUUCGCUCUGUGCAUUGCUGCUGCUGCUGCUUCUUGUUCCUCCUGCCUCCGCCGCUCUGGGUCAGCCUCGCAGCGGCUAAGCAGCUCCUGAAGUACCGGCUGGCCGAGGAGGGACCCGCCGACAUCCGCAUCGGCAAUGUGGCUUCCGACCUGGGGAUCGUGACGGGCUCCGGAGAGGUGACAUUCAGCCUGGAGUCGGGCUCCGACUAUCUCAAGAUCGAUAACAUGACCGGGGAGCUGAGCACCACAGAGCGGCGCAUCGACCGCGAAAAGCUGCCGCAGUGCCAGAUGAUCUUCGACGAGAACGAGUGCUUCUUGGACUUUGAGGUGUCGGUCAUCGGCCCCUCGCAGAGCUGGGUGGACCUCUUCGAGGGCCGGGUCAUCAUCCUGGACAUCAACGACAACACCCCCACCUUCCCUUCCCCCGUCCUCACGCUCACCGUGGAGGAGAACCGGCCCGUGGGGACGCUCUACCUGCUCCCCACCGCCACCGACAGGGACUUCGGCCGCAACGGCAUCGAGCGCUACGAGCUGCUGCAGGAGCCCGGCGGGGACGGCGGCCGGCGCGGCGGCGGGGGGGGCGCGGCCGCGGCGGCCCCCGAGAGCGCCCCCUUCCCCGGCGGCAGCAAGCGGCGGCAGGAGGCGGAGGCGGCCGCCCGCAGCAGCGUCUUCGAGCUGCAGGUGGCCGACACCCUGGACGGGGAGAAGCAGCCGCAGCUGAUCGUCAAGGGGGCGCUGGACCGGGAGCAGCGGGACUCCUACGAGCUCAGCCUCCGCGUGCGGGACGGCGGCGACCCGGCACGGUCCUCGCAGGCCAUCCUGAGGGUGCUGAUCACCGACGUGAACGACAACAGCCCCCGCUUCGAGAAGAGCGUCUAUGAGGCGGACCUGGCGGAGAACAGCAGCCCUGGGACCCCGAUCCUGCAGCUGCGAGCCACCGACCUGGACGUGGGAGUGAAUGGGCAGAUCGAGUACGUCUUCGGGGCGGCCACUGAGUCCGUCAGGCGCCUACUGCGGCUGGACGAGACCUCGGGCUGGCUCAGCGUCUUGCACCGCAUCGACCGGGAGGAGGUCAACCAGCUUCGCUUCACAGUCAUGGCCCGAGACCGGGGCCAGCCCCCCAAGACAGACAAGGCCACCGUCGUGCUGAACAUCCGGGAUGAAAAUGACAACGUGCCCACCAUCGACAUCCGGAAAAUCGGGCGCAUCCCGCUCCGGGACGGGGUGGCAAGCGUGGCCGAGGAUGUCCUGGUGGACACCCCCAUUGCCUUGGUGCAGGUAUCUGACCGGGACCAAGGUGAAAAUGGUGUGGUGACCUGUACUGUGGUGGGUGAUGUGCCCUUCCAGCUCAAACCUGCCAGUGAGGGUGAGGGGGAGCCACAGAAUAAGCGCAAGUAUUUCCUCCACACCUCGGCCCCUCUGGAUUAUGAAGCUGUCCGUGACUACAAUGUGGUGAUUGUGGCUGUGGACUCAGGCAGCCCUAGCUUGUCCAGCAACAACUCCUUGCUGGUGCGGGUUGGGGACACUAAUGACAACCCGCCCAUGUUCAGCCAGGCUGUGCUGGAGGUCUCCUUUCCAGAGAACAACUUGCCUGGUGAGAGGGUGGCCACAGUGGUUGCCACAGAUGCAGACAGUGGCAAGAAUGCUGAGAUCACCUAUUCCUUGGAGGCCUCACCCCUCUCCCCAGAGGCACCGGGCAGCAUCUUCAGCAUUGACCCUGACUCUGGGGAUGUGUCGGUGCAGGCAGUGCUGGACCGUGAGCAACGUGACACUUAUGAAUUUCAGGUGACAGCCCGGGACAAGGGGGUGCCAUCACUGCAGGGCUCCACCACAGUGGUGGUGCGAGUGUCAGACCGCAAUGACAAUGAGCCACGCUUCAUGCAGGAUGUGUUCACCUUCUACGUGAAAGAAAACCUGCAGCCCAACAGCCCCGUGGGCAUGGUGACUGUGAUGGACUUUGACAAGGGCCGCAACGCCGAGCUCAGCCUGUCCAUUCAGCCUGGAGACCACGAACAGGCAGCUGGCAUCUUCUCCAUCGAGAAUGACACUGGAACCAUUUUCUCCACUGUCUCUUUUGACCGUGAGCAGCAGACCAGUUACACCUUUAAGGUGAAGGCAGUGGAUGGGGGUGAGCCACCACGGUCUGCCACAGCCACCGUGUCCCUCUUUGUGAUGGACGAGAAUGACAAUGCACCCACUGUCACCUUCCCCAGCAACAGCUCCUACACUGUGCUGCCACCCUCCAGCAACAUGCGCACCGUGGUAGCCACAGUGGUCGCCACUGAUGCUGACACUGGUCUCAAUGCUGACCUCAACUACAGCAUUGUUGGGGGCAACCCCUUCAAACUCUUUGAAAUAGACCCAGCCAGUGGUGUGGUGUCACUGGUGGGCAAGUUGGCCCCCAAGCACUAUGGUCUGCACCGCCUGGUUGUGCAGGUGAAUGACAGUGGGCAGCCACCCCAGUCCACCACUGCCCUGCUCCAUGUCUUUGUCAAUGAGAGCCUGUCCAAUGCCACUGUGGUGGAGAGCCAGGUGGCCCGCAGCCUUCACACCCCACUGGCCCAGGACAUUGCUGGUGAUCCCAGCUAUGAGCUGAGCAAGCAGCGGCUUAGCAUAGUCAUUGGUGUGGUGGCUGGCAUCAUGACCGUCAUCCUUCUUAUCCUCGUGGUGGUCAUGGCUCGCUACUGCCGAUCCAAGGGCAAGCAUGGCUACGAGGCCGGUAAGAAGGACCAUGAGGAUUUCUUCACCCCCCAGCAGCACGACAAGGCCAAGAAGCCCAAGAAGGACAAGAAAGGCAAGAAGGGCAAGCAGCCCCUCUAUAGCAGCAUUGUUACUGUCGAGGCUUCCAAGCCCAAUGGGCAGCGCUACGACAGUGUCAACGAGAAGCUCUCGGACAGCCCUGGUAUGGGCCGAUAUCGCUCGGUCAAUGGUGGCCCGGGCAGCCCUGACCUGGCCAGGCACUACAAGUCGAGCUCACCGCUGCCCACGGUCCAGCUGCACCCACAGUCCCCCACCGCCGGCAAAAAGCACCAGGCUGUGCAGGACCUGCCCCCAGCAAACACCUUCGUGGGUGCUGGUGACAACAUCUCCAUCGGCUCGGACCAUUGCUCCGAGUACAGCUGCCAGGCCAGCAGCAAGUACAGCAAGCAGCCGUUUCGUAGAGUGACGUUUUCUGUUGUGAGUCAGCCUCAGGACCCGCAUCAAGGGUCAUUGCAGAGUUGCUAUGACAGCGGUCUGGAGGAGUCAGAAACACCAAGCAGUAAGAGUUCAUCAGGGCCAAGACUGGGUGCCCUUCCACUCCCAGAGGACAACUACGAAAGGACUACGCCGGAUGGCAGUGUUGGUGAGGCAGAGCAUAUGGAAAAUGAUUCACGGCCUCUACCAGAUGUAGCCCUAACAGGGAAGUGCACCCGAGAAUGUGAUGAGUAUGGCCACUCAGACUCCUGCUGGAUGCCAGUCCGCACUUCUCCGGAGAGAAAGCAGAAGAGCCAGCCAAAACUCUCCACUUUCAUGCCUGUCGAUGAACGGGGCAGUCAGGAAAAGCUGGCCAAUGGAGAAGCCUCCCUCAUGGGUGACCGCAACAGAAACCUCCUUAACAAAAAGUUGACCUCAUCCUAUGAGACCUUCAGCGCAGCUAGUUUCAGCAAAAAUGAAGAAGGCAACCCAGAGGAUAUCCCCCUUACACAGACAGGGGAAUACAAGCCAUCUCCUGUCAAUACUCUAACUAGAAGAGAAGUUUACCUGUAGGCUAAAAAGCAGCAACAAAGUUCUUUCAUAAUAUAAGAAAGAAAUGGGGCAAAAGUCUUAAAAUCACAACAAUUCUAAGAAAAAAUGUGAAACAAUAAAGAGGGGGCCACCAAAGAGACAAAAGAUCUGCCUGCCACUUCUGCCUCCAUAGCAGGCAUGUAAUUAUACUGUCUGCCUGACUAUACUGUACAAUGUAGAAAACAUUGUUGUUACUUGCAUGUCUAAUUCCCCCUCGCUGAUUUUUAUUUUCCUAGAUCUAUGGUUGCAAAUUCCUCCCAUAGUAGCAAGCUUGAUUAAAAAGAACAUGACACACUGUUGUUUCCCCUCUGCAGAAGCAUGAAUUAAGCCACUCAAUUUGUUUGUUUGUCAUCUGGCUUGUUGAGGAUAACAGGUCAGGGAAAAUGUAUUCAAAACAUACCAUCUGAAUUUUGCUGAUCCCCAUCAGGGACAAUCCUUCAGAAACCAUAAAGAUAUAGGAUAAAUAUAAAGGAAUAAUCAUUAAUAGGCACUUUGUGAAGACCACAGCUUUAAUAUUCUCACUUAUCAUCUGAGGCUGGAAGCAACAGAAAUACAUUCAGCCUGAGACUGCAGUCAAAAACAUGGCAUACUUCCCGUGAUUCAUGGACUCUGGUUCUGUUUUAUCCAUUGAACAAAUGUGUCUUGCUGUGUCUCUUUCUCUCUUUCUCUCUCGUUCUCUGUAAUGAUUAUUUCAAUGUAAACACAAUUACUAACACUUACACCAUAGGAUAGCAAUGAUAAGCUGUUGAAAUCAUUAUUUUGGGCAAGACUAACAUUUAGCUGGGAAGAUUGUAAUAACAAAAAGGCCAAAGAUCACACAAAGGAUCAGGGGAACUGCUAAGUAUUGGGGCUUGACUUAGAAAAUAAAUGUAUUCACAAAAAACCACAUGUACUCAUAACACAGAUUCAGUUACAUUCUAUGCAGCAGCACAGUUCACAAGCCCAGAUGACAAUUUUUUUUUCCAGUGUGGUUCAGUUGAAUGCCCAAAGGAACUGAUGCUUUUUUUGUAAUGACAUGAUUCAUUGCAGCACAUGCUGCAUAUGAUAUGCUGCAUAUGCUAGUUCCAGGGAAUUUUUAAGAUCAAAAUUAAAAAAUAGUAGUAGAAGAGAAGGCCAUGUUAGUGGGAAUGCUUGAUGGGAGGGAAAAAGGUGGACAAUGGGAUAAUGCAGUAACAAGAGAACAUUACAACUUGGAUACAAAAGCUUCUUUUCAGAUUGCAAGGCAUGGUUGCUAUGUCUGGUCAUCAGUGUUGCAUCAUCUUUGACAUAACUACCUCAGUUAUGUCAAAGAUGAUGAUAAUGAAAGCUUUCUUAAAACCAAGUGCAUUAAAACCAAGAAAAGUGCAAUACUAAAUGAUAUCAAGACUCAGAACAUUUAGCAUUAGUAAAAAAUGGUCUGAUAAAUAGUGAUAUGAUACCUGGGAGGUCAAGAGGAGUUAAAAGGAGUCCAAGCUACCAUAUGCAAGAGCUAUAACAAUUACCAUGGUGAGUACUUCUUGGAAGGAAGAGGAAAUGAAACAGGGUUUUGUGCAAUAAAAGCAACAAAACAUGCAGAACAUCAACCAAUUGCUUUGUAGUUGAUGCUGUAUUAAUAAUCACAGACUGAGCUCAGACAUUCUGACGAAAGUGACAAUCAAACACAGCAAGGACAGCUCAAGGACGGAGAAAGCAUUCAGAUCCCUGGCUGUUGAACUGGCGUGAAGGCAUGGCUAGAUGGCUCUCUAGUAACUGUAGUCGUAAUGUAGCUUUGGGUAGUUUCUUGCUUUGAAGAAAUGCAUAAAAAUAACCUUAAACACUCUAAGGUAGAGGUUGGUAAAUCAAAACAACUCAUCACAUUUAUCUUUUGAAUUCACUUCUCCAUAUAGUGGGUUGGCCUUUUCAUUCUCCUCUCUAAAGUUUACUUUCUUCAAGUAACAUUAGUUUGUGUAUAGCAGUUAUGAUGAAUGGGCACAUUUUAGAAAGAAAAUAUUAAAAUCAAAGAUUAUUAACGAUUGAACAUUUUUAUGUUUAAUUAUUUAAGUAAUACGGGGAGAUGCAAGCUAGUACUUUGUUAUGAGACUGCGUAUAGCAGUUACUGCUUUGUAUAAUCUGUAAGUACCUGUUUAAAAAUGCUUCUAAAAUGCUUAUGUAAUGUAAACACAUUUUUCUUGCACGUUUCAACAGAAUACACAAUUGCAUAACAAAAAUGUUCAACAGAAUUUCCUUUAAUAAGAUUUUAUUUAAUAUUACACACAAGACAAUAAAUUAGGUAGCUGGGUUCCAUAUAUUCUUAGACACUUUUUCUACAAGGCUAAUAAUACAGGUUAUAACAGACCUUCAGAUUAAAUGGAUCAGCAGUCACUCACCAAUUUUUGCACCACAUAAGACAGUCAUGAAAUAAGUUUCUUGUGUGCAUCUCCUUAGAUCUAAAAUGUGUGAAAGAAUUUUUUAAAAAUCUAUCUACUGUAAGUAUUCACAGUAACUCUUGUGGAACUAGCCACUAUUAAUAUGCUGAUUACUCUUCUGACCUGGCAUGCCAUACAAAUAUAUUUUGUGUUUGUAUUUUUUCUCUUUAUUUGAAAUAGGUUAAAUAUGGUGCCACUCCAUAAAUAGAGUGCUUUUGUAUAAAAAAUAAACAAAUAAUGCUAUAAAAAUAAUUAGGGUGAAUGCAAAAUAUGCAACUGUGCCUUUUAUACCUAUUAUUAUGGUAAAGUGGUAGUUGGGUUUGAACACUGAGGGGUAAGGGGCUAUUCCCAACUUUUUUGAACCUGUAUAUUUACCUGUGUUUAUUUUCUGAGAAAUUAUAAAUAAUAUAUUUAAAAACAAGCCUUUUGCCAAACUCAGUUAAUGGACCAGUCUUAAGCAUUAUUAACACAAGGCUGUGGUUUAAGUAGGUCUUGAGGAUUUUUUUAAUUACUGUUUGUGUGGGGUUUGGGGCUGUUUUAAUUUGUUUUUAAUUCUGCUGCCUGGAAAAGUAUGAUCAGUCUAUAUGAUAGUUAUUUAGCAAGGUGUCACCAGUUCAUGUUGCCAAGAAAAUUGAAAAAUUUUUUAAUAGCUUUUAGCCUUCAUCACAUUUUAUUUGUACAGUAUAGAAAUCAUCCUUUUCUUUCCUUCCAUGGGAAACUCAAAUUAGCUUUGCAUGUAUUUUACAUUAGGGCACCUUUAUAGAUUGAUGCGUUAAUAUAUAACUUUAUAUGUAUUAGGAAGUUCAAUAGCUUUGGUCUAAAAUCUAAGACUUAUUCCAGAUCUCAGACCCACUAUGUUUAUUGAAUAUGGUUUCUGACUGGCCUGCUGCCUGAGUUUCAGGAAAAAAAGUUAAACAUUAUUUUUAUGUGGGGGAAAAACUUAAAUGGGAUUGAAAUGAUUGGCUGAAAGGCUACCCUAGAAGUUGUCAAGCAGAAAAAUCAUGAAUACAGAAAAAGAUCUUGCCAUAAAUCCAGCUAUCACCACACACUUGUAAGAAAGUUAAACAAUUAAAUAUUUUUCUUUCUGUUUCAUUUGUGAUAAAUAUACAGUUUCUUUAAGAAAAGUAGAUGAAAAAGCAAUAGAAAUGAAAGCCCAUCAGUUAUCUUGUAUUACUGACUGAAAAAACGUAAGCACUAGGAAGACAACAUUCACCAGCUACCUGGGGUAUGCUUUCAGACAACUUUUCCUAAAUUUUAAAGCACUUGCAUUCAGUGUGGUACGAUCUGUUUGUAAUAAUAAUCAUUGACUAUUGUUCUGCAACUUGGAUGUUGAUAGUGAAGCAGAGAACAAUUUAUCAUUGUUUAUUAUGAGUCACUAUGCACGCAACUAUGCUAAACAUGGCAAAAUGUAUUAAACGCUAGUCCACCUCUAUUUAUGAAAUAUUUACAUAAUUUAAUUUGCUUUUGUACAGUUUUAUGUAAAUAAAUUGCUUGUCAUUUUUUGUCUCUGCAAAUUAAAAUAUAACAUGUUCAA